AUGAAGACGCUCGCCACCACUUUUGUCGUCGCAAGCGCUGUGGCCGUCACGUCGGUCGACGCCAAACGACUCGAGUUGGGUGUCUGCUACUCGCCAUGGGCCCACUCGACCGUCAAUUGGGACGUGCUGCAGAAGGACAUGCGGCACGUGGCCCAGUACUUCUCGAGCGUCCGCACGUACGAGGCACGAAUGAACGGGGUGAACGUGGUCGACAUGGCGGCUGCGGCCGGUAUCCGUGUCGCGGUUGGCGUGCAGCUCAGCAAUCCCGCGUUGAUCGAUGGCGAGAUUCAGGCAGUGUGCGACGGCUAUGCCCGGAACCCCUGGGCGGUCGAGGCCGUCUACGUUGGCAACGAGAACCUCCGGAACAACGGUUUUGGCAAGUACUCGGCGGACGAGCUCGUGGGCUUUAUCAACCGCGUCAAGCAGUGUGUGGGCAACGCGCCUGUUGGAUCCGUGCAGCGCAUCAACGAGUGGCUGAGCGCCGACGGUGCGUCGAAACUCGCGAACGCAGUGGACAACAUCGGCGUCACCAUCUACCCGUUCUUCACGCCCGGCAGGCAGCCGUCGGUACAGAAGCUGCAGGCGCAAUGGGACCAGAUGACGGGCAAGUUUGGUCCGGACAAACUGCACCUGACCGAGACGGGCUGGCCGUACGCGGGCGAGAGCUACGCCGGCAAUCAGCCGUCGCGCGAAGGCACGCAGCAGUACCUGAACGACUACGUCGCGUGGUCGCGCGACAAGGGCCGGUCGUACUGGUUCAUGAUGUACGACACGACGGUGAGCUACACGGGGGCGCAGCACGAGAAGCACUUUGGGCUCUUUGACAAUGACAUGUCGCCCAACGUGAACAUCCCGACACUUUAG